AUGGCUUCGCUUGUUCAGGGUUUUACUAAGUCACUCGCAAUGACUUUCCUCUCGGAGAUUGGUGACAAAACGUUCUUCGCUGCUGCUAUUUUGGCGAUGCGUUAUCCUAGGAGACUUGUAUUGGCUGGUUGUUUAUCGGCCUUGAUUGUGAUGACUAUUCUAUCUGCUACCAUCGGUUGGGCUGCUCCAAAUCUGAUCUCUCGUAAAUGGACUCAUCAUAUAACAACAUUGUUGUUCUUUGGUUUCGGGCUAAUGUCUUUGUGGGACGGUUUUAAACAAGGAGGGGGUUCUGAAGAAUUGGCCGAAGUCGAAGCAGAACUGGAUUCUGAUUUGAAGACUAAUGAUCGAACGAAAAAAGACGAUGAGCAGAAAAAACAGAAAAGACCAUUCCUCACUGCAUUCUUUUCUCCCAUUUUUCUGAAGGCGUUUUCGAUUAACUUCUUUGGUGAAUGGGGUGACAAGAGUCAGCUUGCUACUAUUGGUUUGGCUGCAGAUGAAAAUCCACUUGGCGUGGUCCUUGGUGGAAUUGUGGCACAAACAUUGUGCACAACAGCCGCUGUAAUUGGCGGCAAGAGCUUAGCAUCUCAAAUAUCUGAACGAAUUGUGGCUCUUUCUGGUGGAAUGCUUUUCAUUAUUUUCGGCAUCCAGUCGUUUCUUUCUCCGGUUGAUGCUUGA